ACUAACGAAAUUUUAAUUAUUUUUUAUGAUUUGUAUUGACUCUUGUUGCCAUGCUGUUGUCAAAAUAUUGAAGGUGUAGUGUUAGAUUCUGUUAGUUGUUUAACUCUUUUAAUGAAUCGCUUGUGCUGCUCAGAAUGUCUUCACCACUUCUCACUUGUCCACUGUGCUCUCAGCCAGGGUUUCAGUCUCUUGACUCAUUACGUUUUGGGCUCAUCAGUGCUGCUACUCGUCAAGUUGUGUGCCCUAUGUGUCACGAUAUUCUGUUUGGUCUUGACAAAUUCACAAUUCAUCUGUUUAGUCAUUCAGUUCAGCAACAGCAUCAGGAAGGUAGUAGCAGUGUACCCCUUCCCAUGUCUUCUUUCAGCAGUCCCACUGCACCACCAAACCAGCAGAGAUCCUCACCCUCACAGACUGAUGAUCUUCUGGUAUGUACCAAAACAGAUUUCAAUACAGAGGUAAAUAAUAUGAAAGAAUGUCCAAUUUUGAACUUUCAUACUAGCAUAUCCCAUGGUAAACACCAUCCAGCAUCAUCAGGCUGUUGGUGCAAGGAAACAAGAAUGGAAGAUAUGAAAAGACUGGAAAAUGUUGGCGAUAAACAAAGUUCUAUAAAUCUUACUGACACUACUGAAGCAAGAAGGAAACUCCAGACAGGAAAGCCAGACAUAAAUGCGGCGCAAGAAAAACAAUUAAGCAUUAAUAAUUUGGACUCUAAAUUCACUGCUAGUAGCCAGAGUAGCAGUGCUCCUUUACUUGGAUGUACUCAAAGCAACAGUGAAUCUGUUCCAGUGCAGACAACAAAGAAAUCUUCAAGGACAGUUGCAGAAUCUAUGGACACAUCACAAAUGACAAUAAUAGGAAACAUUUCUUCGCCACUGGAUAAUAAGGCACUUUAUUUUCCAUAUCACUGCAGUUCUGGAAAUGCAACAAAAACAACCCAUCAAAACGCUUCAGUCCAGUGUCCAGCUUCAAGUUCUACACCACCACAAGAGAAAUCAACACCAGUUGUCUCAGAGGAAAAAGAACCUAAGGAAGUCAUAAGAUGCGAUAUUUGUGGUUUCGUGUUUGACGAUGCCUCAAUAUUAGGAAUACAUCAUCAACUAGUUCACUGUAUGGAAAGUGGAAGUGAAACACUAAGUCACAGAAUGGAAUCAUCAAAUGGAUCUAAACAAAGUCACCACUUGGAUGAGAGACGACAGUUUUCAUGUCAUCUCUGUUCAAAGGCCUUCAAGAUGCGUGGGAGCUUAAUGGUACAUCUGAGAGUUGCCCACAGCAGUGGCAUUGCUCCAGGAAAAUUAUUCGUCAAGAGACUGGAUCUUGACAGCCAUUCAGAGGAGAGGAAGUUCAGCUGCCACAUGUGCUCCAAAUCCUUUAAGAAGGAGCAGCAUCUGCAACAGCACCUAAAGACACAUGAAAGCAAGCAGUGGGAGUGUGAUGUGUGUUCCAAGCUGUUCACCACCAAGUACUUCCUCAAGAAACAUAAGCGUCUUCACACUGGCGAGACGCCAUAUAGUUGUGACACUUGUGGUAAAACCUUUACAUUCCAGCAGUCCUACCACAAGCAUCUGUUAUACCACAGUGAUGACAAGCCACAUGUAUGCACGGAAUGUGAUCGAGCCUUUAAAGAACUCUCCACAUUACACAAUCAUCAGCGCAUUCAUACAGGGGAAAAACCCUUUGCAUGUGAGACAUGUGGGAAGUGUUUCCGACAGAGAGUGUCAUAUCUGGUUCAUCGAAGGAUCCAUACAGGUGCCAUGCCUUAUCAGUGCACAGCAUGUGGCAAAAGCUUCCGAUAUAAGGUGAGUCAGCGGACACACAAAUGUCUGUCACAACCUCCAGGCACAAUUGUAAGGCAGUCAGGUGACCUGGUGCAAAAGUUGCUGCAGGGAGUCCAACAGAGAGCAGCACCAGCCAGCUCACAGAUGCCUGCUACUCAUAUGAGUCUCAGCAGUGGUGACAGUGGUGAAACUGUUGAAAUGAAGCAGCGACUAACAGCCCAGAAAAUAUCAGGUGACUCACAUCACUUCCCAGUUCCGCAGCAGGAGAAUCAGCACCAACAGUUUAACAACAGUCAGUUCACAAUAAUUGUUGGCAGUGAAGUUUCAUCAGUGUUCCCACCAGGUCAGAUACUGCUGGCAUCAAAUGAUGUAUAUGAUGCACCAUCCUUGAAUACACAUGUGAUGUGUUCUGUCUCCGGUGAAAACUCAGAAAUGGAACAAAAAAGUGAUACACAGAAGAUGAGGGAAGGAAUUGAAGUAUUGAACAACAAAAUAAACAUACAGAGCUCCAAAAAACCAGCAGUUGUAGAAGUUACUAUGGCAACAGCAGACUUAAAGGACAAGCAAGAAAUCCAAGAAGGUGCAUAUAUGGUACAGGAUGAUGGUAUUAAUUUGAAUGUUGGUAAUAUGAGAAAUACAACAGAUUGCAAUGUAAAAGUGAGUUCACUGAAUGCUGAAAGUUCACAAGAAGAACUCUCUUUUAAAAAGACCAGUAACAAGAAUAAUAUGUUGAGCACUGGAAAGAAAUUGGCUCAGGAUUCAGUAUUUCUGGAAGCCAGUGAGUUCCAUAUUUCAGCAAAGGAUGAACUUGAAAUUUCCACUUGCAGUUCAGCUAACUUUUGGAAGUCUUCUGACAAAAUAUAUAAGGAAAUUGAAAAUUCAGACUUAGCUGUAGAAACAACUGACUUCUUUACUAUGGUAACAUCACCAUCUGUGAAAAGAUUACCAUCGCCUUCUGAAAAGUUGAAGCACCUGACACUGUCUUCCCCUGUUGAUACAUUGCUUGGUUAUGAAGAUGAUGUCAUGUAUCAUUAUCUCCUCAGCUCUUCUGAUAUGGUAGUGCAAACAAACCAAGAGAAAAGAACUGACAGCAGUUCGAGUGAGUCUUCUGCAAGCAGUACCAAAACAACUCAAUGUGAAGAACAUGGCACCAGACCUCUCCAAACUAUCAAUGAGGAGAGCCUGAAGCACCUUCUGUAUGGUACUGCAAGUUCCUGAUGACAGGUGUACAGUUGUACCCCACUUCUGUUCCUGGCCUCUCACAUUAAGGGGGUGACUGAGAACAAGGAGCUGGCAAAAAUAUUUGCAGUGAGAGGGAGAAAGUAACAGGAGAGUUGAGAAAUUUCAUAAUGAGGAGCUUCAUGAUCUAUACUUCUUGCCACAUAUUAUAACAAUGAUGAACGCAAAGAGGUUGGGGUGGGCAGGCCAUAUAGAGAGGUUUCUGUAGGAGAACCUGAAGGAAGGAGACCUGUAGGAAGAUUUAGUAGUAGUUAAACAGAACUUAAAGAAAUAGGACGGCAGUGUGUAGACUGCCUCAUGAUAGGGACCAGUGGCAUGCUGUUGUGAACAUGU